AUGCCUGGUUUGCCGCCUCAAUUUCUGUUCGGCAAUAUGCUACAAACAGGCAUCGUUGGACGACAAAUACCUAUGAAUAUUUUAUUUUUACAACUGAAAGACAAGCUUGGUGAUGUCUUUCAAUUUUGGUUUGGCCCCAUGCGUCUCAUUGUUGUUAGUCGUCUCGAAGAUGUACAACAUAUUUUUGCUCAUCGUCAUCUAUACGAUCAAGGAGACAUGUUCAUCAAUAUACUGAAUCUUGUUAAUCCAAAUGCAAUUAUUGGCUUAAAAGGUUCGAACAAAAUCACUGCACUUUUGGAAAACAAUUAA